AUGGCUUUGACUUACAGCAUGACGGCCUUUGCCUACUACUCCGCUCUUCUUGCUGUAUUUGCUUCGCUAAGCAAUGCCGCAUUGUCCUCUACAGGCUUCACCGUUAGCCUAGAUGGUGUUCCCUACUACAUUACUCCAGAUGCGGUAGCUACUAUCAACAUGACGACGAGCUUUCGCAAUAGCGCCAAGUCAUCAGGAUUUUUUACUCCAAUCACAGUCAUGAAAACCGAUGACGCUGCCUUUUCCGGCGACAUCUUCAAUUCGCUCGUAUCGAACUGGACAGGAGUGGACGAUGUUUUCCAGAGUGGCUUUCUACAAGGCGUCUACAUGCAAUACACCGGGUCCGCAUAUUCGAGGGCCAAGCAGGCCAUCGAGCUCAGCCUUGCCAACGCACCCGUUUUGACUGCCCGGGUCGACGCAGCCAAUGCCAUUCCAGAAGGGCCGUACUUCGUCUCUUCCUCAGGUGACCUCUAUCAGCCAUGGCGUCUUUAUUCUGACAUCAUGGGUGCGUUCUCGGAGAGCACCAUUCCAAAUGCAGACGGAAGUUUUGGUGUACUUCCUGCAAAUAUACAGGGCCAAUCGCUUGCCGUUGCCGUUCCCUCUCGCCUAUCCUACACGAAGACUCCCGAGAAGCCUCUCGCUGGUGUCCGGCUCGGGGUAAAAGACAUCUAUGAUGUUGCCGGGAUAAAAACGGGCAACGGCAACCGCGCCUGGUAUCACUUCUAUCCGGAGGCCAACAAGACUGCUUUAGCCGUCCAGAGACUGGCGGAUGCCGGUGCUAUCAUUGUAGGCAAGAUGAAGACUUCUCAAUUUGCCAAUGGCGAGAGUGCGACUGCCGACUGGGUCGACUAUCACGCGCCCUUCAAUCCCCGCGGGGAUGGGUACCAGCAGCCUUCGUCCUCAUCCUCAGGCCCUGGCGCUGGCGAGGGUGCUUAUGAAUGGCUCGACAUCACACUCGGAAGUGACACUGGUGGCUCCGUCCGCGGCCCCUCCCAAUCCCAAGGUCUGUUCGGCAACCGUCCUUCUCAUGGACUCGUGGAGCUCACCAACGUCAUGCCUCUUGCGCCUGAGCUGGACACCGCUGGCUUACUUUGCCGUGACCCCGCUAUUUGGACCGCUGCGGCGCAGGCCAUGUACUCCGACAACAUUACCAUCUCUUCGUCCUACCCGAAGAAGAUCCUGCUUGCUGAUUUUCCCACCGAGGCUGGCGAGUACGAAAGUGACGCUCUAUUGCUAGACUUUGUCAGCAAACUCUCCUCCUUCCUCGGCGCCAACGCCACCGCUUUCAACAUGAGCGAAGCAUGGGCGACAGACAACCCGGACACAACCCCGGUCGACGAGCUUCUCAACACGACGUACCCGCUCCUCAUCGCCAAAGAGCAGACCCAGCUCGUGCGCGAUCCCUGGUACGCCGAGUACGCGGCCGCCAACGACGGGCGUCUUCCUUUCGUGAAUCCGGCGCCGUUGGCACGCUGGUCGUAUGGCGACAAUUCGUCAGCGACGAUCGCGGAGGCGGUGGCCAAUAAGACGCAGUUCAUGGCGUGGUUCAACAGCAGCGUGCUCGCGCCCGACGCCGAGACGUGCUCGAGUAGCCUGCUGCUCUACAUCGGCAGCACCGAGGCGGACAUCGCUUACCGUAACUUGUACCUCAGCCCACCAUCCAUUCCAUUUGGCUUCAGCUCGUCGCGCAUCUCGGUAUUCUCCGAGGCGCCGGAUAUGGUGGUGCCGAUUGGCCAGGCGAGCUAUUUCUCAAGCAUCACAAACCAUACAGAGAUACUUCCGGUAACGGUUGAUUUCAUGGCGGCGAAAGGGUGCGAUGGGAUGGUAUUCUCGCUCGUGGAGGACUUGGUGGCCGAGGGGAUUAUCAGCGUGAGCAAAGCGGGCAGAACAAACGUGGAUGGUGGACAGAUCCUGUUCAGGCGAAGUGAGGUCGGGCAGUGA